CCUCCUCAACGAAUUACAUACGAGACGACGAUGGCAAUGGCGAAAUGGUGGCGCGGCGAGGAAUCAGAGCGGCGGCGAAAUUCCAUCCGCCGGUGUGUAUUUAUGCACUCCCUGAUUUCUCCUCACCGCACGAUCCAAGCGAUUCCUCUCGAUGCCACGGCGAGCCGAGUCGCCGAACGAGACAGGACAAAAAAGGUAGGAUUCCGGCGAUGGUUCUCUCCCGUGAUCUGCUCGAUCCUCCGCCUCCAGGAAGCGGUUGUCGACGACGGAGAAGAAGCAAAAUGCAAGCCAUCCUUAAUUCGGUAACCAGUUGAACCAGUUUAGAACAACUCUCAAGCUUCUCUGUCCCGUGGAGAACAUCCUCACUAGAUCGAGGUUGAUCUGAGCAAUAUGGACAUUGGUGAGUGAAGAAUCAUGUGGGUAUCAAUGUGCAUUUAUCCCUGAACCUUCUAAGCGAAAAUAAAAGGUCCCCUGUAUGUAAUGUUGUUUCAUCGUGAACCUAAGAAUACAUCCCUAAAUAGAAGUUAAUUGCAGUUUCCCUAAGCCUAUGUUGAUUCCGCUAACCCUCCUUUCGCUCAUAUAUGACUAGCAUGACUGGUUUACCGUGGUGCUGGAUUACAAAGCUUCAAUCACUCAUUGCAGCUGGGUCGUGGUACGCGACAGGACUCAAGAUAGUAUCCGAGCGGUGGGAAUCUCUUUGAGAAGAAACCUAAUUCUUGACACCCGCUAAGAAGGAAGUGUAAAGAUAGUCAAUUUGGUGUUUGUCAUGGCACUGAAAUGAAAGUUGCUUUAAAAAGGUAAUUUGCAACUUCCUUUAUUUAGAUUGGUUACUUUGCUAAGUAGUUCUUAGUAGGAAUUAGGAAGAGAUGUCUUUCUGUUGGACAUUCCUUUUUCGCAAAGUUCCCCUAAUGGCUGUGAUCAGUUACAAAUUUCCUCGCACUUGUGGAAUGGAAUGGAGUGUUUGUUAGCACUUAGCAGUCGGCUGUUUAAGUUGAUUCUUACGGUGGGGUUUAAUUGACUGUUGAUCAAAUAAUUGGGAAUGUAAUCGACUGCAGCAAAGUUGUCUGUGGCUCCAUGCCAAUUGGUUUUACUGGUGCUAUGCUGUAGCCCUGUUGUUAUAGUUCUGUUUGGCGGCAAGUUACUCUUGAAAUUUGAACUUCUUACCACAAAUGUCUUCCAAUUUUACGUGGUCGGUGGUACAGUAUUAUUGUUCUCCUUAAUUGCAUUCUGUCGCCGCAAUGCUGUAAUCCGGUAAACGUAAGAAUAUAUACCGUGCUGCAUCUUUGUACUAAUACGGUAAUACCCCAUGCAUUAUAUGCUCUUAGUUCCACCUACCUUCUGAUUCCUGCUUAUUUCACUUCUCUCAUAUUGUUUAGCUGCCACAGUUGCAUUCAUUGGCUAAAGAACUUAUUUUGCUAGCUGAGGCUACUUGAUUUUACCAUUGAUGAGCCUGAGCAUAUACUAUCUCAUAAUAUACUAAAAGGAACCGUUGUUGAUCGAAUACACUUAAUUGAUGUGUUAGCAUUUGGAUUCUGACGGACAGGUGACCGAUUAAACCAAUCUGGAACCAGUCUCAAGUUUCUUUGUCCUGCUGAAAACAUCCCUCAGAAGAUCGCGGUUGACCGGAGCAGUAUGGACAUUGGAGAGCGAAUUUUCACUUGAGAUCGAUGUCAAUCCAUCGCUGAAGCAUCCAAGGAUGAGAUCGCCCCUGUAUGCAAGGCUUUUUGGGCAAAAACUUAUGUCGAUUUGCUGCUACCCCUCCUGGUUCAUAUAUGAAGUGCACUAGUGAAGGAUAGAUUUUCCAGAGUGUUCAUUCACAAUGACUGUUUAUGUACAUACAUUUGCGGCUUGCGAUAAUUUGAUGAGACCAAGGAACUCGAGCGUUGUUAAAUAUAUCUUCACCAUUUUUAAACUAAACUACUUAUUGAUAGAACUAUUUAUAGGUAAGAUCGUUAUAUACUCAAAGGAACCGUUGUUGAUCGAAUACACUUAAUUGAUGGAC